AUGGCCAUUAAAAUGUCUUCUAACGUCACUUCUAACAAUUCUGCCGAUGGCAAGGUGGAAGGGAAUGAAAAUGACCUUUCUAAUUCCGAUAUCGUCACUAAGUAUCGCACUGCUGCAAACAUCGCUAACCUUACGCUUCAAAAACUGAUCAGUGAGGUGAAAACAGGGGCCUCAAUUAAGGCACUUUGCAAGAUGGGUGAUGAUAUGAUACUUGCUGAGACAGCUAAGGUAUAUAACAAGAAGGAAAAUGGUCGUAAAAUAGAAAAGGGUAUAGCCUUCCCUACAUCUGUCUCCCUAAAUGAGAUAUGUGAUAAUUAUUCACCUAUAGAAGAUGGCGAUGUUAUCUCCGAUGGUGACAUGGUGAAGAUAUUCCUGGGUUGUCAUAUUGACGGUUACCUAGGUUUAGUAGCACACACCGUUUUUAACGGAGAGAAGGUGACCGGUAGAGCCGCUGAUGUUCUUACCGCAGCAUGGACAUGUUGUGAGGCAGCCUUGCGUGAGAUGAAGGUCGGAAAUUCAAGCCAUAAUGUAUCAAAGGUGAUCGAACAGGUUGCUGGAGAGUUCAAAUGUACCCCUGUAAUGGGUUAUGUUAGCCACGAAAUAAAACGACAUGUGAUUGAGGGUAGCCGUUAUUUUACCAACAGUACACGUGUUGAGGAGAAAACUGAGGCUUUUACUUUCGGAUUGAAUGAAGCUUAUGGAUUAAAUGUAAUUGUUAGCACUGGAGAAGGCAAACCUAAGGCCACUGAACAUAAAACUACUAUUUACCGCGCUGAAGUACAGAACCGUUAUACUCUCAAAACAACACUUGGAAGGGCAUUCAUUUCACAAGUUAAUUCUCGGUUCCCAACAUUGCCCUUCCAUAUUAGCAGUUUCGAGGAUGAACGUGUAUUGAAAGCUGGUCUCCCAGAAGCUGUGCGUCACAAGCUCAUUACUCCAUACCCUGUUGAAAGUGAGAAGGCUGGGGAGAUCGUUGCGCAUUUUACCUUCGUAGUGCUGCUAUUAGCUGGCGGUACUAAGAAGAUUACUGGCGUACCUUUUGCACAACAAAGUGUAUGUACACCUGAACAUUCAAUACAGGACGAAGUGAUCAUCAAAUUGUUAGCGGUAAGCCAUUGUGUCACGGAUGACAAUAUUUCGCAGACAUCUGUCAACCCUAAGACUAAGAAAGCGAACAAGACAGCAAAGGUUGCUGAGAAAGGCGCCGAAAAUAAUGGCGAAUCAGCUCAAUAA